AUGCGGAAAUCGGCAAAGACACAGACAAAGAGGCCAAGAAGAGCCAAGACCUUCACCGGAUGUUGGACCUGUAGAUCCAGAAAGGUUAAGUGUGAUCUUCGGCGGCCUGGUUGUGUCAGAUGUGACAAGUCUGGAUUGGAAUGUGGUGGAUACGAUAUUAAGUUGAGAUGGUCUAAAUUAGUCAAGUUUGAUCCAUAUGGCGUACAAUUACCUCCUUCGCCAAAUGGAAAUUCUGCUAGUAAUGAAGAACCUCAGUACCAACGACGGAAUAUAGAUUUCGUAAAGUAUAAGGAAGAGUAUAUCUUCCACGAGGAUAUGGACGAUGAGUUGUCUAUCCUACACGCACCUCCAACAGAAAAGAUAGCUGAUGGGAAAACAUGGAUCAUUAAGAAAUUCGGAGUGUUUAGAGGUACUGAUAAGAUAGAUAAACAAUAUGCACCCAGAAAGAAGAGGCGAAAGCCCGCUCCCUCCACAGUCUCUAAGAGAAAAACUUUGAAGACUGGUAAUAAGCUGUCUGCAAAGGAAUCUGCGGGUAAACCAAUAAAUAUAGAAGAUUCGCCUUCGAAACCUAUGAGCAAUCAUCAAUCGCCUGUAAAUAAUAUUCCUAGUUUUGUUGAUUUUGAUUUAGCUAUGAAUAAUGUCCCAAGUUAUGAGUGGAUUUCUAGUGAACUUAGAGAUGAUGUUCUUCUCUCUGCCUUUGCCAUACAAGGUGCAUCCAUAAAUGAUGUGCCCGAUUCAACUACAUCGGCAAAAACAUCCAUUAACCAAGGAACUGUUUCCACUGGGUUAUUUUCUAAUAUUCCGAUAGAUGGCACUAAUAGUAUUGGUGAUGACACACAAACGUCUCCAAAUAAUGAUUACACCAUUCAAAAUGCAUUAAACUUACUAUUCCAUAAUAAACAAACUCCAACAUCUCCGUCAACUUCAAAAGGUAUGGUGAAAACCCUUCUUGAUGCUCCACAAAGUGAUUCUCAUAUGCCAAGAACAAUCAUGGAAAUUAUUAACCCUAGCCCGUUAGAGCUGGAGAUAUUCGAGGCAUUAAAUAAAUUGAAUUUGUCUUGGAACAUUCCUGCAUCCGGUGUUAAUGUUCAUGGGAUUGGUAAAUUUCUAUUGAAUUACUAUUUGGAAAAUGUGGCAGAUUUAAUGACAGUAGUCCCACUUUCUAGAAAUCCAUGGAAGAAACUUUAUUUUCCAAGGGCUUUACAAGCAUUAGGCGAUCUCGUAGGUUUAGGAUAUACAACCAAUUCACGAAACUCUUUACUAAAUGCAUUACUGGCCGUAUCCUGCUUUAAUUUGAAAAGUAAGUUUGAAAAAAAUUCAAAAGAAUAUAAUUAUUUUUUAAACUUAGGUAUCGAAUUAAGAAAGCAAGCAUCCAACUUUUUAAACAUAUGUUUAAAUUCCACAGUUACCGUUGAGAAAUAUAAGGAUGUACUAACCGCAAUUUUAUCAAUGAAUUCUAUAGAUGUGGUUUGGGGUACAAUGGAGGACUGUCAACGUCAUUUAACUAUAUGCGAAGACUUCGUCGAAAAAAGAAUGAAUUCAAGACCUCACAUCUCAGGUAAGGCGAGAACGUUACAUCGUAUCUUUUCAUUUUUAAAAUUGAUUCAAGAUAGUACUGCACUUGAUAAAGUAAGAGAUAAGGAAAUCGUCAUAUAUGGGAAGAAAGAUAAGCCUGAUAAAAAUAAAGUCGCAGAUCCAUUUGUAAAGGAUACAAGUAAUAAUGGAGGGCAAUUCCGUGAAUCGUUAAACAAAUUAAAUGGGAAAAUCCAAAUAGAAUAUAUUAGGAAUGAUGAUUCCAAUGAUAAUAAUGAACAAAGUGCAAGUUCCUCUCCACCAAUGUUUGCCAAUAUAGCAAGUGAAAGUUAUUAUAAACCAGGCCAAAAAUCAGAAUCAGACUACGAUAUCCUAAGUACAGAUGCCCUAUAUGGGUUACCAAAUUCAUUAAUAUUGUUGUUCUCCGACUGUGUAAGAAUCGUAAGACACAACGAGUAUUAUAAUAUUAAAUAUCUGGCUGUUCCUCGGGAAUUCACUGAAAUAUGUUUAAAUUUUGAGAAAAGAUUAUUGAAGUGGAAGCCAGAAUGGGCAUUCUAUAAAGAAAAUACUGAUGAGUUUAUCGAUGAUACCAUUGAAGGUGUUUACCACCAUACCAUGAGUUUUUAUUAUGGACUAGUAAUUUAUUAUUUCUCAAUGGCCAAGCAUUUGAAUAACCAAUUUUUGCAAUCAUAUGUCGAGAAGGUAUUACUGCAUUUGAAUAAGUUGACAGAUUUGAUAGAUCAUAAGUCAGUUAAAAUAGUUCCUCUGAUGUGGCAAGGUUUCAUUGCGGGUUGUUCAAGUAACAUGCAAGAUCUUCAACAAGAAUUUAGAAAAUGGGCAGCAAAACUAGCUGAAUCUGGUAUGGGAUCAUAUUGGGGGGCUAGGCAAGUUAUGUUUGAAGUUUGGAGAAGAAGAAUGAAUGACGAGCCAAAUGAUAAUUGGUAUUCUGUUUACAAAGACUGGCAAAUGAACUUAAUGUUAUCAUGA